AUGUCUCACGAAAUGUCCUACAUGGGCCCUCGGGCCUUCAACCAUGAACAAAGCACCGACGCCGAAGCCGAAUACGACCGUCUCCGCGACCUAGCCCGUCAAGAAGCCGCAAAGCGCAACUCAUGUUUCCAACGGAGCCAAGAAGCCUACUCGAGCGGCGACGGCGCCCUGGCCAAGGAGCUCUCCGAACAGGGCAAAGCCCACGGCCGCAAAAUGGACGAGUACAACAAGCGAGCGUCCGAGUUCAUCUUCCGCGAGAAUAACGCCAACGGGCGCGUGCCGGCCGACACGAUCGAUCUGCAUGGGCAGUUCGUCGAGGAGGCGGAGGAUAUCCUCGAGGAGAGGAUCAAAUAUGCCAAGGCGCAUGGGCAGACUCAUCUCCAUGUCAUCGUGGGAAAGGGAAACCACUCCGCCAACCACGUCCAGAAGAUCAAGCCGCGUGUUGAGCAGGUCUGUCGCGAGCUGGGGCUGCAGUAUGCCACCGAGGAGAAUGCGGGACGGAUCUAUGUGAAUCUGACAGGGGGCCCGGCGGAGAUGCCCCCGUCGACUGGACAUGGACAUGGACAGGGACAGGGCUACGGUCAUGGCCAGCAGCCGCACCAGCAACAGCAGCAGGGUGGGCAGCAGCAGGACGAGAUCGAGCAGGUGGUCAAUGCUAUUCUUCCCCGGGUGUUGCGCAAGCUGGAAAAGGCUUGUUGUACAAUUAUGUGA